UACACCCACGACGACUCGCGGGGACGCGGGCGGGCGAGUGGAGGUCGGACACCCAGGAGACGCGCGGCCGCUCCGCUUCGCUGCCCAACCCCUUGUCCUGACCUCGAACCGUCCGCCGCCGCGUUCGACAUGGGCGACCCGCCGGCGCUCAAGAGGCCCAAGCUCGAGAAGGACGACAACGGUUCCACCUACUGCCCCUGCCCCGCCUCCAAUGGCGCGGGCGCCGCCGCCGCCAGUGGGGCGCCGCCGCGUGACGACGUGGAGGAGGAGGAUGAUGACAUCUCCGAGGAGGCGGUCGUCGCUCUCAUCGCGCACCGCGAGCGCGACGUCGAGCGCUGCAAGCUCAAGCUGCUCCACUACCAGUCCCUGCUGGACACCGCGGAGAUGAAGCUGGAAGAGGCGCAGUCGCGGCUCGCCAGGUUCCGAGAUCGCAAGCCGCCAACAACCCGGUCGGAACCCAAGCUACCGACGCCGCCAAUCCAUAGGGACCCCAAACCAUCCCCGCCGCCAAUCCAGAGGGAUCUCAAGCCAUCGCCGCAGCCGCCACUGCCAGAGAAGAAGGCUCCCUCGCCCGCGCCGCAGCCAUCGGCGAGGCCGCAUCUUGUCAUCCCUGGGACCAGCAACCGACCGGCCCCGCGCCCUGAGCCCAUGCCUGGGUUGAAGAAGGCUGCCGCCCCGUCAUCUUCUUCAUCACCGGCGCCGCCGGAGCGGUCAAGGAAAGAGGAGAAGAAGCCCAAGAGAAAGAUUGAACAGAAGGAGCAUCAGAACUUGAUCCCAAAUGUCAAGAAAUCAUCUGCAACUGUGCUUAAAUUUCAAGGUGGCAAUUUGGUCUCGAGCCAACACAGGAGGAAGCUUAGGUGUCUUGAGCUAUGCCCUGCUAAUGAUCAGCUCGUUGUUACCAGUGCGCUGGAUGGAUUGGUUACUUUAUGGCAAGUGGAGACAAGAGGACCUUCUCUCUCAUUUCGUGGCAAAACAGAUUUCUUUUCCCCAAAGCAUAGAUGGCCUGAAGAUAUAGCUUGGCAUCCAGAUGGCGAGACGAUUUUUGCUGUAUACACUGCUGAUAAUGACGAUUCUCAGGUUUCAAUGACAAACCUUAUAUCAGGACAAAGGAAAGUUACUUUCCUACCGGAGAAGCCUCACACAAAAGGAAUCAUAAAUAACAUAAGUUUCAUGCCCUGGUCUGAUGCAUGCUUCGUUACUGGAGGAAGUGACCAUGCUAUUAUACUUUGGGAGGACAAAGAUGAUUCAUGGAAACCCAAGAGAGUGCAUAAGGAUUUCCAUUCUUCUGCUGUCAUGGGUGUUGCUGGAUUGCAACAGAAAAAAACAAUAUUAUCAGUUGGCUAUGACAAGAGGAUAAUAGGAUUUGAUCUCUCUGCUGGACGGACAGAGUUCAAGAACCUAAUUGAUAGCAAAUGCAUGAGCGUAUUAGCAAAUCCAUGUGAUUUCAACUUAUAUAUGGUGCAGACAGGGGCUCCAGGCAGACAGCUGCGCUUGUUUGAUGUCAGGCUUAGGCAAACUGAGGUUCAUGCAUUUGGUUGGAAGCAAGAGAGCAGUGAGUCUCAGUCAGCUCUGAUUAACCAAUCAUGGUCUCCAGAUGGCUGGUACGUGUCGUCUGGUUCAGCAGAUCCUGUGAUCCACAUCUUCGACAUCAGGUAUCAUGGCCAGAAUCCUUGCCAGUCUGUUCAGGCACACCAAAAGCGAGUGUUCAAAGCUGUUUGGCACCAAACAUUGCCAUAUCUGACCUCCAUAUCAUCGGACCUCAACAUUGGAAUCCACAGAUAUUCAUGAAAGUGCCAUCAGGUUUUGGGCUGAUUUUGGUGCUCAGCAAUGCUUUUUUGUAGUGAAAUAGGAACGUUCCAUGAAGACCUGUGGAAUCUGCUUGCUCAAAGCAGGACUUUGCAUCAAUUGAAGAAACAGCAAAAUCAGCGUGCUUUGAGUUUGUUUUGCUGGCUGUGCUUCGCCAUUAACUGUGGAAGAAUAUUGCAGCUCAGCAGCUGAAGAGACCCACAGUUGGAUGUUUGCUCCAGUUGAUCGAAACUUUUCCAUCUUUUGAGCUGCCGCGGGAGUGGGUAGGUCAUUCACCUGAAGACUCUUUGGCUCAAUGUGUUGCCCUGGUUACUUUGGGAAGAAAACAGUCAAACUGCACACAUUAUGUCCAAUAUAUACGGCAAUGUAUUCCCCGUCUGUUACUGCCUUUUUGCAGUAGAUUUGCCCAUGUUUGGGCCGUUUACAGGAGCUACAGGUUUCAGUUUCUCCCAAACGAAAGUAAAAUAAUAAUGCAUCCAAGAUGCCUCGCCCAGAGUUUUUUGUUCGGUA